AUGCUAAGUGUAGUGGAAGGCCUCCUCAUUUUUAUAGCCGUUGGUGAAUCAGUACUGGGGGUUUUAGGGAAUGGGUUUAUUGGACUUGUCAACUGUAUUGACUGUGUCAAGAACAAGAAGUUUUCUGUACUUGGCUUAAUUCUUACUGGCUUAGCUACUUCAAGAAUUUUUCUGAUAUGGAUAAUAAUUACAGAUGGAUUUAUAAAGAUAUUCUCUCCACAAAUGUAUUUCUCUGGAAACCUAAUCGAAUGCAUUAGUUACGCAUGGUUAAUUAUCAGUCACUUAAGUAUCUGGUUUGCCACCAGCCUCAGCAUCUUCUAUUUUCUGAAGAUAGCCAAUUUUUCCCACCACAUGUUUCUCUGGUUGAAGCAUAGAAUCAAUAGAGUACUUCCUUUUCUGAUGGGAUUGAUGGUUAUUUCAUGGUUAGUUAUUUUCCCACAAGUUGUGAGGAUUAUUAAUGAUUAUAAAAUGAAUGCUAGAAACACAACCUGGCAGCUCACCAUACCUAAAAGUGAAUACUUUACUUACCAAAUUUUGCUCAAUCUGGGACUCAUUUUCCUCUUUACACUGUUCCUGAUCACAUGCAUCUUGUUAAUCAUUUCUCUUUGGAGACACAACAGGCACAUGCAAUCGAAUGCGGUAGGUGUCAGAGACCCCAGCACAGAAGCACAUGUGAAAGCAAUGAAAGUUUUGAUAUCUUUUAUCAUCCUCUUUAUCUUGCACGUUAUAGGCAUUGCUAUAGAAAUAGCACACUUUACUGUGCCAGAAAAUAAAUUACUGUUAAUUUUUGGUGUGACCAUCACAGACCUUUAUCCCUGCGGUCACUCAUUUAUCCUAAUUCUAGGAAACAGCAAGCUAAAGCAAGGUUUUUUGAAGGUGCUCCAGCCUUUAAAGUGCUGUGGGAAAGAGAAACCUCUCAGAAUUCCUUUGACAGGCUUGGGGAGAAAUGGAUGCUCUAUGAGAGUAAUCCAGUGA